AUGUCAAAAGCAACGAGCAACGGUCAACAGCUAUGGAACAAAGUCCCAAAGGCAAAUGCAGAACUAUUUGCCUUGACGUACGGCGCGCUGGUCACAGAAGUGGUUCGAGAUGCAGAUGAAAACCUGGCAACCGUGAAUGAAAAGCUUGAGAAGAUUGGAUACUCGAUCGGGAUUCGGUGUGUGGACGAAUUCUUGGCCAAGUCAAAUUCACCUUACUGUAAAACACUGGCCGAAACUGCUGAAGUGUUGGGGAAGACAGCAUUUCGAAUGUUUUUGGGUAUUGUUGUGGAUGUGGUGCAACACUCUCCCUCCAGUUUUUCUCUGAAUUUCCAAGACAAUCCCCUGAGUCUGUUUGUCGAGCUACCAGAAAACUACAAGGAAUUGGAAUACAGUAUUCUGUACUGUGGGGUUAUUCGAGGGGCUCUGGAAAUGCUGAAUUACAAGGUCGACUGCCAGUUUGUCAAGUCGCCUUUGAAGGGAGAUGAUACCCAUGAAAUCAAGGUCGAUGUGAAGCAAGUAAUGUCAGACGGAGCUGGUGAAGAUUACCAAGAAGAAUAG